CGUUCCCACUAUGUCGGAUGUCGUGGCGAUUUUUAAUCGUACGUUCCACUGGCAGUACAUUUUAUAUGAAGCUGUUCACACUCGUCCGACAACGAUUUUGUGUCGGAUACGACAUAAAAUGUCGUGCGUUUUGCCAGCCCUCCCAGCCCGGAAAAAAUCGUGUCGUGUCUCACAUUUUGUCGGAUGUCGGAACGAUUUCGCCCGCGCCGCCCGCGCGGCACCCCCUCACACACCCGCGCGUCGCUGCCGCGUCGUUGCGAUCGCUCGCAUUGCGCAAACAUAUUUUGGCGCGGAAGGAGAGUAUUGUGUUUUUAUGCUGCAAAAUUGUAAUAAUGGCUGUACUUAAUAUAAAUUCUGAAGAUUUGAUCGCACUUGUUCAGGAAAGAGGUAUUAUUUGGGACAAACCUAUAGAAGAAUAUAAAAAUAAGCAUUUGAAGUUGGCUGCUUGGCGAGAAAUUUGUUCCUUGCUCGUACCAGAUUUUGAGAAGUUAGAUGAAAAAGAAAGACAUAAGUAUGGUAAACUAGUUGUUACCAAGUGGACAAAUUUGCGAGAUGCUUGGAUGAGAGCUAAUAAAAAUGAAGUCCAGAAAUCUGGAGCUGGGGCGAAGACUAAUAAGCCAUAUAUAUAUAAAGAGCAAAUGCAAUUUUUAAAAAAAAUUGCGGAACCGAAUCGCACGCACGAUUCUGUGAGCGAGCGUCCAACAGAUGUAUAUUCAGAGACGGGCAAAUCAACAGAUACAAAUCCAGAAGAAUCACUAUCAAGUGCACGUAGGAAGAGAAAACUCACAGACCUAGAUGAAAAAAUGUGCCAGUUUUUAGAUAGCAGAAUGUCAACAGACCAGGGUAAAGACACUAAAGACCAUCCAAUGCUCUCAUUUUUCAAAGGUAUUUUACCGAGCGUUGUGUCUUUUGAUGAUGAUGAAAUUUUAGAGCUUCAAUCAGGCGUGCUAUCAUUAAUCCAAAAUAUAAAAAAGAAGCGUCAAAAUCGUGUGUCCUCAUCAAACUAUAGUUGGCAAUUACAGGCACGGGAAUACAUGCGAGCUGGAUAUUUGUCGCAAAGCCAGAAUAUUAAUCCACCAGGACAACAGAACACGCAGUCAUCAGCUUCAUAUGGCUAUUCUAUAGGCGCUGUCGAACCAGCAUCACCUGCUUCUAAUUGGUCUCAACAUUCACAAGAUUCGGACUUUGAUUUUAGUCAAAUUUAAAGUCUCCAAAGAUGGUAUUGACUGUAUAAUUUUUUUUAAAUAAAUAAGUACGAACUAAUAGCCAGUGACUUUAUAUUUAAUCCCGCGAUCAAUAAAAAUAUAUCAUAUUUUUUGGUGGUUAUAAGGACUCGUCGUCCUACUGCGAACUUUAGGUAAAUUAGCACUACAUUUUUCCGAGCUCUGUUAAUAAACAAAUAAUAUAAUUAGGUUAUCUUACCUUAAAAAUAUGGACAGCCUUUCUUCAGUGCACAUGCAGUCUCUAAAUACUGUAUUUUUGUAGUUUAUGCAUCCUGAUAUCCGAGAUAGUAGAUCGUUGAAUGUACUUAUAGACAUUCUAAAAUAAUUGAAAAAUUUCACUUCAUCACUUCUUAAUUCAGCUAUCAAAUUCUGAAAUAUUCCUAAGGUAAAUCUUUCCCUGAGAAUUGGGUGUACCCAAUAUCUCCUUUUUUUAACUGCCUCUAAUCGUUUCUUUCGCAAAUAAUACAAAACCACAAACAUUUCGUCGACGUUCAUCUUGUACUAAGCCUCGCUACCCACUCGAAAAAUACACGCCAGCUGCGAUCGUGCACGACAGACGACUAGUGGGAACAGUACCGCCGACACCCGAUUGAAAUCCGGAUCCGACAUCCGACAUAGUGAGAACAGCGGCAACGACACACGAUUAAAAAUCGCCACGACAUCCGACAUAGUGGGAACGAGCUCUUAACAGACCAGUGCUG